AUGCUUGCUGCAAAGGUGGACCCGUGCAAGGCCGAUCCGAAAAGAAACCCCGCGUGCGAUCCGUUCUGGGAGGACGUGGCCGUCAAGUACUCGCCGCAGUACAAGUUCCACCCAGACGAAACCAUCUGGCCAAUCACGAUCGACGAGUACCUCACGCACGUGACUGCCUCCAAAGGUUUCUAUACUGCGGGUGGUAAAAAGCAGGAGGUUACAUACCAGGCGGGCCCGAUCACUCCCGACAACCUCAAUACAUUGCUGGAGAAUGUGAAUCUGAAGAGCGAGUUUAAAAAUACUGUCCUGUUCAGUCAGAAACUGUUUUACUCGUAUACCCCCUGGGUGAAGGACUCAAGGCGCAACCCGAAGAAUGGAGGCACGAAGCUCUACACCAUCAUUUACAAUCCGAAACCUGAUGACAAGAACUCGUUUGUGGAGAUUCAGUAUUGGCUCUUCUACCCAUACAACUUUGCCCACCUCCUUGGUGGGAACCACAUCACGGACCUGGUGGGGAUUGCAAUCCGAUUCUCAAAGACCGGCCAGCCGCAGCGCAUUUGGUACGCGCAGCACGGCGACGGCCCCGUGUGGGCAUGGGACCAAGGGGCUGAUUGGGCCGACCGCAAGUCAAAGAAGAAGUUUGCUACGGUGAUGGGAACACAUCCCAUUGUGUAUGUCUCCAAGGGAAACCAUGAGCAUUACCCUGGUGCCGGUGAUUUCAAUUGCUAUGUGGUAAAAUGUAUCGAUCACACGGCCAACGGAGGAACCGUGUGGACGCCCAAGGACAACCCGAAGUCUUUUGAGUUUGUUCACGUCAAAAGCGAGAUGUCCGAUUCCAUGCCGAAUGCAGCCAGGGCGAAGCUAUUCACGGGGAGAAACAAGUGGAUGGCUUUCAACGGGAAAAUUGGUGGAUAUUAUGACUCGAGCCUCGAAACUGGAGUGAGCGCGAUAUCUUUCCAGAAGCACCAGGGGCAGUUCACUGCUAAACUUGGGAUGCUUAAAUAA